CUCGUCUGCACUGAAAUACUCACAUACCACUGGAGGCUAACGUUGUUUGGAUGAACGUGCAGUCAUAGCAAUGUGAUAAUAACACUGUGUUUGUCAUUAAAAACAAUCAAGAGGAAGUGUCCAAUGAAAUCAUCAGCAAUUGUACCUGGCGACACCUUGAUAUAACGUGCAUCUGCGCGCCUCGUCUCCACGUACAACGAUCAAUAUUCGGAAUAGUUUGAGCCUAGAAGUAUCAUCGGGGAUGAUAGUAACCCACUGUGUACCCAACUGCCGGUGGGCAUUAAACCUCCUCCACUGUCUCAGCAACUCCACGACCCUCAUUUUUUCCUGAAGAAAACACUGGGCUAAUGAGCCAUUCAACAAUUCCAACUACGUAGUUUGUCAUCCAGUCAUUAAAUUGAAAAAAAAAAACGCAGUGGGGAUUUCAUCAGCGCAGGCGUAAGGUUUUUUUGUUUUAAAAGAAAAAAAUAUUAGAAAAAUAGUGAUGGUGGUGAUGGCACUUUCAGUACUUCGCUGACGUGAAGUCCGACAAUGUGGGAUUAUCCAAGUGAAGAUAAAUGUCUGUGAUCUAAUGAGCCCUGUGAUUAAUCAAGAAAAAUUGUAAUUUCAGUGUUGACAGUUGUUUGAAAUUUUAUAAAGUAACCACUGAUAACUGGGAUUUAUCCAGAGGGCGGGGGUAAUUCAACGGUUUAGGGACAAGAGAUGAUUCUACUGCAGAUCUGAUCGACAGCCAAGAUGCUGAUCAAGGAGUACAGGAUACCACUGCCACUGACGGUGGAGGAAUACAGAAUAGCUCAGUUGUACAUGAUAGCGAAAAAAUCUCGAGAAGAAAGCAAAGGAGUGGGUAGUGGUGUUGAGAUAAUCGAGAACAAGCCCUAUACAGAUGGUCCUGGUGGUAAUGGGCAGUACACUCACAAAAUUUAUCACGUCGGUUCUCAUCUACCCGGUUGGUUCAAAAGCCUGUUACCAAAAUCAGCCCUAACCACCAAAGAAGAAGCCUGGAAUGCUUAUCCCUACACCAAAACACGUUACACGUGUCCAUUCGUUGAAAAAUUCUCUGUUGAGAUUGAAACCUACUAUUAUCCCGACAAGGGACACCAAGAAAAUGUCUUCAAACUCACUGGAAGUGACUUACGUAAUAGAAUUGUUGAUAUCAUUGAUAUUGUCAAGGAUCAGUUGGUUGGUGCUGAUUACGUAAAAGAAGAGGAUCCAAAGUUAUAUGUUUCGGAUAAAAGUGGUCGAGGUCCCCUGGGCGAGACAUGGCUCGAGGAUUACUGGUCAGAUGUCAAGGGCAAGAGCCAACCAACGCCAUCAGGGAAAGCACUAAUGUGUGCCUAUAAAUUAUGCAGAGUUGAGUUUCGUUAUUGGGGUAUGCAAACAAAGCUCGAAAAGUUCAUUCACGAUGUAGCUCUCCGGAAAACGAUGGUAAGGGCCCACAUACAGGCAUGGGCCUGGCAGGACGAGUGGAUAGGUCUGACGAUGGAGGACAUUCGAGAAAUCGAGAGACAAACGCAAGAAGCACUCAAGAAAAAAAUGGCAGCCCUUGAAGCUGCUGAAAGAGGUGAAUCAGUGGAGACCUACGAGGAUGAAAACUACGAUGAUGACAGUAAGAGCAAUUCUGUUGCAACACCACAGGAGACCGAUGUUGCCAAGACAUUAGCUGCUGCACUCGGUAGUAUUGAAAAGAAUGAAGAUCCUCAGAGUCCACCGUCCAUCAGAAAACCAUCUGACAUUCCUAUUAUUAAUACUAAUGUGAGUUCUGAGGGUGAUGCCACACCCGAUGAUUCACCAACUCAGCAUCAACAAUCAAGUUCGAAAGCACCAGAAGACAAAUCAGAAGCCAAGAAACCUUGGAAACGUACAACACAAACAAUCCAAUCCCCAAGUUCAGCAAAAUCCUUCGAUAUACAAAUAGCUAAUUGGAGAAUGGAGAGUAUUGUUCGUGAAUCUGAAUCAGGAAGUGAGGAUGAGUUCUUCGAUUGUCAAGCUGCUGGGAUGCUCAUACCCAUCAUUCGAAGAGAGGAUUUUGGGGACAAUCCAUCGCUAGCAAAAUGGAGUUCGAUGGAUCUUCUGGCUGAGAAGGACGACUCAACGUCACCAACAGCACCUGCUUCAGACAAAUACCAAGACAGUAUUUUUUCUCAUUCGUAUUUGCAACGAGUAACAAGCGAGGGUAACCCCAAAAGACUGCAUCCAGUGAAAACGUCAGCGAGUAUAGACAUCUCCUGUCCACCAUCUCCAAGUCACUCACCAACACAUCAGCCAUGUCGUAUGACAGUUCUAUUGAUUGUCAUGCAUGCUGGGAGUGUUUUAGAUGCAAAUGUCGACUUGACAGCGAAAAAAUCGGACAUAACGACAUUCAGAGGUGCAUUUGAAUCAGUCAUGAGACAGCAUUAUCCAAGCAUGGUGGGUCACAUUGCUGUGAGAUUUGUCUCCUGUCCGUCAAUAUGCACUGAUGGUCUAGGAAUUCUCUCCAGCUUAAGUCCUUACUCAUUUGACGUGUCACCAAGCUGCACUGACACACCCCAAGUCACUCACGAUACAAUUCCCAUAGGAGCUAUACCAUUGCUAGCUAGUUCAUCUCCUGAGUAUCAGGAGGCUGUGUCCAAGGUGGUGAUCGGAGCUAAUCAGGUGUAUCAAGAGUUCAUCAGGAGUGACGAGGGAAAAGGAUUUGCGGGACAGGUGUCCUUCGUUGGUGAUUCUGUUGGUUCAAUUCUCGCGUAUGACGCACUCUGUCGAACAGGGCAGUAUCAAUCGAGACAUGGAAGUGAGAACAGUAUUCUCGAUAAUGACAAUCAGACAGGGGAGAAUGGAUGUGUUGAGGAUGGCCGACAUUUGUCUGCCCCAACACCAAGAAGAAGAUCAUCAUCCACAAGUGACAACUCCAGCCACUGCAAACUGGAAUUUGAGAUAAGUGAAUUCUUCAUGUUCGGUAGUCCCCUGGCCCUAGUUCUCGCUUACAGAAAGAUCUCGUCAACUGGUGAAAAAAGUCAUAUACAGAGGCCAAUGGUCAAUCAAGUCUACAAUCUCUUCCAUCCAACUGAUCCUGUUGCUGCACGAUUGGAGCCCCUUAUCUCAGCACGUUGUUCACUUUUACCUCCAGUCAAUGUCGCCAGGUACCAGAAAUAUCCACUAGGGAAUGGACAACCUUAUCACUUACUGGAAGCCAUUCAAACGAAUCCCCAGCUCUUCGCGGAGGGAUUGAAUGCCCCGACGACGCCUCUUCAACAUCUCCGUCGAUUAUCCGAUAUAUCGAUUCAGAGUACAAUGUCUGGCCUGAUUGAUAAUGUACCUCUUCAGGCUGUUUCAUCACUGACACAGAAAUGGUGGGGUAACAAAAGAAUUGAUUACGCCCUGUACUGUCCCGAGGGUCUUGCAAAUUUUCCAACAAAUGCACUACCACAUUUAUUUCACGCCAGUUACUGGGAGUCUUCCGAUGUCAUUGCCUUUAUUCUCAGGCAAAUUGGCAGAUUUGAUCUGCCAAUGUUGGGUGGUGAGGAGAAAGAACUCACUUGUUUCCGUCCAGGUCAGCCCAGAGAGAAAUGGAAUAGAAAACGAACAUCAGUUAAGCUCAAAAAUGUUGCAGCCAAUCAUCGAGCAAAUGACGUAAUAGUGAAAGAAGGUACACCACAGGUUUUAAUCGCCAGAUUCAUGUACAGUCCCAUUGAUGUGAUAGCCCUCACCGGAGAAAAGGUCGACAUUCACGUGAUGAAGAAUGCACCAGCUGGUGAAUGGACAUACUUGUCAACCGAGAUAACAGACAAGACUGGAAGAAUAACGUACAGAAUUCCCGAUGAUAAAGCCCUCUCCUUCGGACUGUACCCCAUUAAAAUGGUUGUUCGAGGUGAUCACACGUCUGUUGAUUUCUUCAUGGCAGUGAUACCUCCCAACACAGAAUGCGUUGUGUUCAGCAUUGAUGGUUCCUUCACAGCAAGUAUGUCAGUCACUGGGAGAGAUCCUAAAGUGAGAGCAGGAGCUGUUGAUGUAGUUAGACAUUGGCAGGAACUGGGGUACUUGAUAAUCUACAUAACAGCACGUCCUGAUAUGCAGCAACAAAAGGUCGUGUCCUGGUUAUCACAGCACAAUUUUCCACAUGGUCUCGUAUCAUUUGCCGAUGGAUUGUCCACUGAUCCCCUUGGCCACAAAGCAGCUUAUCUCAAUAAUCUCGUUGAGAAUCAUGGUGUUGUUAUUCAUCAGGCUUAUGGAAGCUCUAAAGACAUAACUGUGUAUACGGCCAUUAAUUUGAAGCCAAAGCAGAUUAUUAUUGUUGGCAAAGUAUCGAAAAAACAACAGGCAUUGUGCACUGUUCUUGUUGAGGGUUAUGCAGCUCAUCUGAGUCAGCUACAAUCACACGGUGGCUCAAGGCCAGCUCAAGGAAAUGCUCGAAUGGUGAUACCAAGAGGACAAUUUGGUCUGCCUGGACUCAACUCAUCCCUAAGACGCAGAAGUUCUUAUAGAACGACAAAACGCGCUAUUUCGCAACCGAUGGCAUUUGGUGGUAAACCAGAGGUCCUCGAGAGGAGUACGAGUGUUGGGCCACAUGGUGCACCGAGAUCAGCACCACCAACAAAAUCAACAGCACCGGAUAAAUUAUGACGUUUUGCUCGCUGCCGUUCAUUUUUCGAAUCACGGCAGCCGGAAAAUCAUUAACAACAUGUUACAACAUAAAUUUAUAGAAAAAGUUGAGUGCACAUUAACAAUUGCUCCAAAAAGAAGUGACUUUUUUUUCCAGUGACAAGUCUGCGAUUGUUAAGAAUUUUUUUAACUCGUCAGUAAAAGAAAGUUUGUAUUUAACUUCCAAAUGAAUAAGAAAAACGUAAAGAUUUUCCACUCUAGAGUGGAAAAUACCUUUCUCUCACUCAUCAGGAAGGGAAAUACGAACUUGUCGAGUAUUUCUGGUGUGUUAAUAAGGAAAAACAAAUUUGGGGGGAGGGGAUGGGAGUAGGGGGUGGCUGUUAUUUCUAAUCAACACUUUAACACACAUUGGUAUAAAAAACGAACAAAAUUUAAAGACAAAAAAUGUCUUUCAAUUGCCUUUUUAAAUUAGGUUUUUAGGGCUACAGGAUAUAUCAUGUGAUUAGAAAUAACUUCUUCUCAUUUUGGAAAUUAUACCGGCAAUAAAUUUCGGGUCAGAAAAAUGUAAAAAUACUCAACUGAUAGGAAAAUCAUUCAGUGCAAUUUAUGGUUGAUUCAUUAUGCCCCAAAUUACUAAGUUCAUUUAUUUGACAUUCCAUCGAGUUACCGGUCUCGAUAAUAUAUUUUAUCGAAAUCAUACUUGAGUCAACGUCUCUCUUGAUUAUUUAACAAAACACUUAAAAAUAUUAAUUAAUUGUUACCAGGAAACUAAUUGUUCAAGGCUGUUACUGAAUGUUGAGGAAAACAACUGCAUGGGAAUAACAAAUGGGUAUUGUAUGAUUUUUAAUGUUGAAUAUACUGGACGAUUUAUUUUUUAAAAUAAUAGAAAAAUGAGAUUAAUAAUUAUUUUCAUUGAACAUUCAUUUUUUAAUGCUUUUUGAAUACUAUUUUACAAUUGAAUUGAGUCAUCGCACGCGGACAAAUAACUUCAUAAUUGAUUGGAAUGAUGUUAUCAAGUAAUAUAUAAAUUAAUGAAUACAUAUUGACCGUUUGUAUUGUUGUAAUAUGUAUGAUAAUUGUAAAUGGAAGUGAUCAACGUAUAAAUAAAUAACAAACUAUUUUACGUCGUUAAAUAUUUUAUGUAAUAAGAGAUAUGAAAUAUAGAUAUAUAUUUAUUUUAAAAAUAAGUCAUAUUUUUGUUAGUCAAUCAUUGAGAGAUGAAUUCAUUGAUACUAUGGAUCGACGUUGAAAUUUGUUGUGUAUAUGUAAAUAUACGCAUGUAAUUGAUAAUUAUCUAAAUCAUAAAUCUCCAAAAAUUCAUGAAUUGAAAUAAUUUUAUCCGUAAAAAUUAUCAAAUUAAAAUUUAAUUCACGAUUUUUUGGGGACAAAUCGUUGACUCAUGUUGAUUUAUCUAGCGUGUGAUUAAUCCCUGAAUGUCAAAUUUUAUUCUUUCGACAUAAAAGUGAAUAAAAAGUGCAAAAAAAAUGUGUGAAGAUAACAAGCGAAAAUAUAUAAAAAUAAAUGAAUCAUUGAUGUUAA